GUGGGCUGUGAGGAGGGGGAGGAUUGGGCCGAGGGGGUGUGUGUGGGCUGCGGGUUGUGGGAUGAGGGGAGGGGUGGGAUGGGCCACGAUAUGGGCGGGUUGGGGGGAGGUGUGGAGAUGAAAUGGGGUGACGUCGUCGGGAGUGUCCAGAAAAUGUAGUUCGAACGGGGAGGGGAAGUGGUCGAAGGGAAAGGUGGAUUCAUCAAAGACGACAUGGCGGGAGAUGAUUAUUUUAUUAGUGGUGAGGUCGAGACAUCGGAAACCCCGUUGGUUGGAUGGAUAACCAAGAAAAAUACACCGAGCCGGACGCGGGGAGAGUUUGUGAGGGGCGGUUGCAGAGGUGUUGGGAUAGCAAAGGCAGCUAAAGACACGAAGGUGGGAGUAAGUGGGUGGUGUUUGGAAGAGAACUUCAUGAGGAGUGCGUUGUUGGAGGGUGGUGGUGGGGAGAAGAUUGAAGAGAUGGCACGCCAUGUGGAGGGCUUCAACCCAGUAUUCAGGAGAGUUACGGCCUCGACCGCGACCGCGGUUCGGUCGUCCACUGCGUCCACCAUAGCCGUACCCGCGUCCGCCGUUGCCCUGAGGUUGUCCGCCAUGAAGCUGUCCGCCAUAGUGCUGUCCAUCGCCACUGCCGCCCUGCUGCCCGCCGCCUGCAGGCGCACCACCGCGGCCCUGCUGCCGGAAACCAGCGUGACCACCGUGGCCGAGGGUGGCCAGGGCAGUCCCCUCAUCGUCGGGAGCAGUGUGCGUCCGCCGUUGCCCUUCGAGGAGGAGAAGUGUAGAUCAGAAAGGACGCCUGGGAGUCGAGAUCGUCGGGAAGGCCACGUAGAGUUUGUAAAACAAGCUGAUACUCGGUCAUCGGGGCAUCCACGUAGAGAGAGAGGACGGCGCUGGGUGAGAAAGAGCUGGCGGCGCCGAGAGAGAAAGCGUAUCGAGCUAGCUGAAGAAGCUGCACACAACUGGCAUCUCUCUCCCAUGGCGGCUCCUCACCAGCAGACCAAAAUCUCCCUUCUCGUUUCAUUGCUGUUCUUCGCCUCCACGUCUCCCAUUUCUUCCGAAAAGGUUUCUUUGGAUCUGUACUACGAAUCCCUUUGCCCUUACAGCGCCGAUUUCAUAGUCAAUUACUUGGCCCAAAUCUUCGAAAAUGGGAUAAUCGACAUUGUGGAUCUCACUCUUUAUCCUUGGGGCAAUGCUAAGCUUCAUUCAAAUUCAUCCUCCUUCACAUGCCAGCAUGGCGCGACGGAGUGUUUCUUGAACACUAUAGAGGUUUGUGCCAUUGAUGCUUGGCCAGAUGUGAAAGAACACUUCCCUUUCAUAUAUUGUGUGGAAAGUCUGGUCUACAAUGGAAAGUAUACUCAGUGGGAGACAUGUUAUGAGAAAUCCGGCAAGGAUCCGAAGCCGGUUUCUGACUGUUAUGCGACUGGGAGGGGUAAAGAGCUUGAAUUGUGCUAUGCAGCAGACACAAUGCCCUUGAGCCCCCUCAUGAGUAUGUGUCGUGGGUAGUCGUGGAUGGGCAACCCCUAUAUGAGGAUUAUGAGAGGACUUUAAGCUACAUCUGCAAAGCUUACAAAGGAACUACCGAAAUAGCCAUUUGCAAUGAAUUUCGUGCUCAAGAUGGUGGGAUGAUUAGGCUCGUGACUAAUCCAUUG